CAGAAGUGUAGGCAAAGAACAGAGGAUGCGUACCUGUAAAAUGAUGGUUUAGUAUUACCAGCAAAACUAAAGUCUGCAGUGAUAUUUUGUUUUACGUUCACUAGGAUUCGUGUACAGUGAUCUGGCUUGUCUUUGUAUGCAGUUUGUUACUGGAAGCUUUUAUUGAGGAAAAUUCAGCAUUCAUCUAAUCGCUGUGUGGUGAAUCACAAAAAAAAUAAAUAAAUCAAACACUAUCUUCUGUAAAUCACUUUCAUGGGCCAGGCUUUUCUUGAUCCAUCCCAUAAUGAACAGGAGAGGAAUGUACUGGAGGAAGGAACAAAGAGAUCAACCUCACCUCAGAUAGACCCGUACAUGAUCAGAAAUGUGCGCAGACUCCACAGCUCCUUCACAGAGUGCGUUGGUCCAUACGACACUGCAUGUCUUUUUAAAUCCAUCAAUUAAUCAUUGGGAUUUUUAAAUAUUUUUUUGGCUGUUGAAACUAGAGGAAAUCCCAAACCUUUCCUCCCUGCCAACAACAGUCCUGCUUCAUGAAGACCACAUUAGGUUCCAACUGAAGCAAUGAGGUUUCAUCUGAAGUUUUACCUGCAUUACCUGGUUCUACUGGGUUCCAGCUGUGUAAUUUCGACCUAUGGCCCAAACCAGAGGGCCCAGAAGACGGGCGAUAUCCUGCUUGGAGGACUUUUCCCAAUGCAUUUUGGGGUGGCCUCCAAAGACCAGGAUCUUGCAGCACGGCCAGAGUCAACAGAGUGUGUCAGAUAUAACUUCCGUGGAUUCCGCUGGCUGCAGUCUAUGAUCUUCGCUAUAGAGGAGAUCAAUAACAGCUCCACUCUUCUUCCAAACAUUACGCUUGGCUACCGUAUAUUUGACACGUGCAACACUGUCUCGAAAGCGUUGGAGGCGUCACUGAGUUUUGUCGCGCAGAAUAAGAUUGAUUCACUGAAUCUGGACGAGUUCUGUAACUGCACAGGGAACAUCCCAUCAACCAUUGCAGUGGUCGGGGCUUCUGGAUCUGCAGUGUCUACUGCCGUGGCGGACCUGCUGGGUCUUUUCUACAUCCCUCAGAUUAGCUAUGCUUCAUCCAGCCGCCUUUUGAGCAACAAAAACCAGUACAAAUCCUUCAUGAGGACAAUCCCUACAGACGAGUACCAGGCGAUUGCCAUGGCUGCCAUCAUCGAGCACUUCCAGUGGAACUGGGUGAUUGCUAUCGCCUCUGACGACGAAUACGGCCGGCCAGGCAUUGAAAAGUUUGAGAAUGAAAUGUUUCACCGGGACAUCUGCAUUGACCUCAAUGUUUUAAUUUCACAGUACGUUGACGAAGCUGAGAUUCGUCGCCUGGCAGAUCGCAUCCAGAACUCAUCCGCCAAGGUAAUUGUUGUGUUUGCUAGCGGACCAGAUAUCGAGCCGUUAGUUAAAGAGAUGGUGAGACGAAACAUCACAGACCGCGUCUGGUUGGCGAGCGAAGCAUGGGCCAGUUCCAGUCUAGUCGCCAAACCAGAGUAUCUUGACGUCAUGGGAGGAACCAUUGGCUUUGCUCUGAGGGCUGGACAUAUACCCGGCUUUAAAGACUUCUUACAGCAGGUCCAUCCAAAGAAGUCAAGCCAUAAUGAAUUUGUGCGAGAAUUUUGGGAGGAGACGUUCAACUGUUAUCUUGAAGACAGCCCAAGGAAUGCUGAUAGUGAGAAUGGCAGUACGAGUUUCAGGCCGCUGUGUACUGGGGAAGAGGACAUUGCCAGUGUUGAGACGCCAUAUUUGGACUACACGCACCUCAGGAUUUCCUAUAACGUGUAUGUGGCUGUUUAUGCCAUAGCACAGGCACUUCAGGACAUACUUACCUGCACUCCAGGGAAAGGAUUGUUUUCUAAUGGCUCUUGUGCAGAUAUUAGGAAAGUUGAAGCUUGGCAGGUUCUGAAACAACUAAGACACCUCAACUUCAUAGAUAGCAUGGGGGAGAGAGUGCGCUUUGACAACGGCAGUGAGCUUUCAGCCAAUUAUACCAUCAUAAACUGGCAUCGAUCACCCGAGGAUGGGUCUGUCGUAUUCAAGGAGGUUGGCUAUUACAGUAUACAUAACAAGAACGUGGCCAAGCUUUCCAUUGACAAGAGCAAAAUCCUGUGGAACGGACGUCUAACUGAGGUACCAUUUUCCAACUGUAGUGUGGAAUGUGAACCUGGAACAAGGAAAGGAAUUAUUGAUGGCGAACCCACAUGUUGCUUUGAGUGUACAGAAUGCUCGGAUGGGGAGUACAGUGAUCAUAAAGAUGCCAGUUUUUGCGUUAAAUGCCCAAACAACUCCUGGUCCAACGGCAAUCACACUUCUUGCUUUCUGAAGCAAAUCGAGUUUCUGUCCUGGACCGAACCGUUCGGGAUUGCGCUGGCCUUAUUUGCAGUCCUCGGGGUUCUCCUAACAGCUUUUGUGUUGGGUGUUUUUGUGCAAUUCCGUGAUACUCCAAUCGUGAAGGCAUCAAACCGAGAGCUGUCGUUUCUUUUGCUUUUCUCGCUUAUAUGCUGUUUCUCCAGCUCUCUCAUAUUCAUAGGCGAACCACAGGAUUGGACGUGCCGGGUACGCCAACCAGCAUUCGGCAUCAGCUUUGUGUUAUGCAUCUCAUGCAUUCUAGUCAAAACCAAUCGUGUCCUGCUGGUGUUCGAAGCUAAAAUCCCUACGAGUCUCCACCGUAAGUGGUGGGGAUUAAACCUGCAGUUCUUGCUAGUCUUCUUGUUCACGUUUGUGCAGGUGAUGAUCUGCGUGGUUUGGUUGUACAACGCUCCGCCUGGAAGUUACAAGAACUACGACAUCGAUGAAAUCAUCUUCAUCACCUGCAACGAGGGCUCCAUGAUGGCUCUGGGGUUUCUGAUUGGCUACACGUGCUUGUUGGCCGCCAUCUGUUUUUUCUUCGCGUUCAAGUCUCGGAAGCUGCCGGAGAAUUUCACGGAGGCCAAAUUCAUAACGUUCAGCAUGCUGAUUUUUUUCAUCGUCUGGAUCUCCUUUAUUCCGGCGUACUUCAGCACUUACGGCAAAUUCGUCUCGGCUGUUGAGGUCAUAGCAAUCCUGGCGUCCAGCUUCAGUUUGCUUGCCUGUAUCUUUUUCAACAAGGUGUAUAUCAUUCUUCUGAAACCGUCGAGGAAUACGAUCGAGGAGGUGCGCUGUAGCACUGCGGCUCACGCCUUUAAAGCUGCAGCAAAAGCGACUUUACGACACAGUUCAGGCUUUAGAAAGAGAUCCAGCAGUGUUGGCGGCUCCUCCGCAUCUUCGCCCUCCUCAUCCAUCAGCAUGAAGACCAACGGGAAUGAAAUGGAGUCACCGUCUACGCGGAGACACGGCUCAAAACCGAGGGUGAGCUUUGGAAGUGGGACGGUCAGUCUCUCCUUGAGCUUCGAGGAGGCUAGAAACUCGAUGAAAUGAUUGACAAGAACAGCUCUGUGCGUGACUGGUUUGUACAUUCACUGCUGUGUAAAUGUUGUCAUUGGAUCAAGGAUGGGUUUGGCAUUGUAAGCAGUGGCUGUGUUGUUGAAUCCAUCUGCAAAUAAUUUUUUUCCCUUAAAGUUUUCGGACUAUUUUUUGUGGACAAUGUGAAAUGGGUAUUGUUCUCUGAUGAGUGACUGUCUUUACCACAUCUGGGGAAGUUACGGUGUAGAGAAGCCCCAAAAAAGUGUACCUACCAGACAGAUGCAUGCCCAGGGUGAAGCAUGGGGGUGGAUCAGUGAUGGUUUGGGCUGCAA